AUGUUACAAAAAGCCUAUGGUGAGUCUGCUAUGAAAAAAACAAGUGUUUACGAGUGGUAUAAGCGUUUCCAAGAUGGCCGCGAAGACGUUGAAGAUGACGAACGCUUCGGUCGACCCAGCAUGUCAAUAAUCGAUGAAAAUGUGAAAAAAGUGGGAAAAAUGGUUAUGAAUGAUCGCCGAAUCAGAAUUAGAGAAGUUGCUGAUGAAGUUGGCAUAUCGAUUGGUUCAUGUCAUAACAUUUUUUCAAAUGUUUUGGGCAUGAAACGAGUGGCAGCAAAAUUCAUUCCAAAACUGCUGAAUUUUGACCAAAAAAACAAUCGCAUGAACAUCGCUCAGGAGCUGCUAAAUGACGUCAACGACGAUCCAAGUUUACUUGAAAGGGCCAUAACUGGUGAUGAAACAUGGGUGUACGGUUAUGAUGUCGAAACCAAAGCACAAUCGUCCACCUGGAAGCAUUCAACGUCACCAAGAGCGAAAAAAGCACGUCAAGUUCGAUCAAACGUCAAGGUUUUGCUUACUGUUUUCUUCGAUUUUAAUGGCAUAGUACAUCAAGAGUUCUUACCACAAGGUCGUACGGUUAAUAAGGAGUAUUACUUUGAAAUUAUGCGACGUUUGCGUGAAGCAAUCCGAAAAAACGCCCCAAUUUAUGGAAAAACAAUUCAUGGCUUUUGCACCACGAUAACGCACCUGCUCAUUCGUCGUUGCUUGUUCGUAAUUUUUUGGCCAAAAAAAAUACCGUUGUCAUGCCCCAACCUCCAUAUUCAACAAAUAUGGCUCCGUGUGACUUUUUCCUGUUCCCAAAGUUGA